UGCACGCGGCAGUAAUUCGCGCACUGGGCGCGAGGCAAGCAGACACGAGCUCCAGAGACGCGGAUACCUCAGUCAAAGCGGAGUCCAGUCAAACGUAGGGGUAACUUUUUGCGUCUAAAUUGUUUUUUAUUUUAAGUGUCUCCUUCAGUAAAGGCAAAGAGAGCCCAGUUUAGGGUACAUAGGACACGUCGUGAAGAAAUUUAAGCAUGACUGGAUAAUAACGGAUCUUGAAGUGUCAAACUGCGCAUCGGAGUAAACAUCGGCAGACGCAAGCGCGUACAGGUCCACAGCAAAGCUUUCCCCUCCCAUCAUGGAGACAUUUGGAGAUCCAGACAGAGAGGAACAGAGGAGCAGACACCAGUAUCUACCACAGGGCAGGAUGCUCGGCUGGAAUGGAAGGGUCGGGACGGAGAGGAUCUCUCCUGUCUGGUGCUCCGUGCUGGCGAUUCUCUUUCUCUGUCUGCCUGAGAUAAACUGCAUGAAGGAAAGUGUGCCAAGAGUUAAGCUUAGCUACAAAGAGCUGAUCCAUUCUCGAAGUAUCGUGCCGUUUAUGGGUGAGGGACAGCGAUUUCAAACAAUCCUACUGGACGAGGAGAGAGGCAGAUUAGUGUUGGGUGUCAAAGACCACAUCUACCUUCUGGACCCAGACAACAUGAAUAAACACCCCAAAAAGAUGAGUUGGCCAGCUCCGAGAGAUAGGGUUGAUAUGUGUAUACUGGCCGGCAAAAACCCUCACACCGAAUGUGCUAAUUUCAUACGAGUGUUGCACAGCUUUAACCGGACCCACAUCUACGCCUGUGGCACCGGAGCUUUCCACCCAAACUGUGCUUUCUUAGAGGUCAAAGGUUACAAAGAGGACAGCUGGCUUUAUCUUCACGGAGGCAGCGUUGAAUCGGGUCGAAUGAAAUGUCCUUUUGAUCCCAGACAGCCUUUUGCCUCGGUACUGACAGAUCAGUAUCUGUACACUGGCACAGCGUCGGAUUUCCUGGGGAAGGACAGCACGUUUAGCCGCUCUCUAGGCCCAACCCCAGACCAGCAAUACAUCCGCACGGACAUCUCUGAAGAUUACUGGAUCAACGAGGGCAAGUUUAUUGCUGCCCAUCCCAUCGCAGACACCUACAACCCUGACGAUGACAAGAUUUACUUCUUUUUCCGAGAGGCGUCCCGUGAUGGAAACACAAAAGACAAAAGCGUUCUGUCUCGUGUCGCUCGCGUCUGCCGGAAUGAUGUUGGCGGUUUAAGAAGUCUUACCAAUAAAUGGACCACGUUCCUCAAAGCAAGACUUGUGUGUUCAAUUCCUGGACCAGAUGGAGUAGAUACGCACUUUGAUGAACUCCAGGAUAUAUUUCUGCUCCCUAGCAGGGAUGAGAGAAGUCCAAUGGUGUACGCAGUGUUUACUACCACAAGUGCUAUCUUUAAAGGAUCAGCUGUGUGUGUUUAUAACAUGGAAGACAUCCGUGCCGUGUUUAAUGGACCAUAUGCUCAUAAAGAGGGUCCCGACCAUCGCUGGGUGGAAUAUGAAGGUCGAAUCCCUUAUCCACGACCAGGCACUUGCCCAAGUCGGACCUAUGAUCCACAUAUUAAAACCACUAAAGACUUUCCAGAUGAUGUCAUAAGUUUCAUACGAAUGCAUCCGCUCAUGUACCGCUCCGUCUACCCGAUGACGGGCCAACCCAUCUUCACCCGUAUCAACACAGAAUAUCGGCUCACGCAGAUCGUAGUGGACCGUGUGCCUGCUGAGGAUGGACAGUAUGCUGUUAUGUUCUUGGGCACUGAUACUGGUUCGAUUUUAAAGGUUGUCAGCAUCACUCAGGAAAAUUGGUCCACGGAGGAGAUCAUCUUAGAAGAGCUUCAGGUGUUCAAGAACCCAACGCCUAUCCUCAACAUGGAAAUCUCCUCAAAGCAGCAGCAGCUGUUUGUUGGAGGAAGCGACGGGUUGGUGCAGGUGGCCAUGCACAGGUGUCAUAUUUACGGGCAGGGUUGUGCUGAAUGCUGCUUGGCUAGAGACCCAUACUGCGCUUGGGACGGCACCCAGUGCUCCAGAUACAUACCAGCCUCCAAAAGGAGGGCCAGAAGACAGGACAUCAAACACGGAGACCCAUCCAGCCAUUGCUGGGACACUGAAGAUGUAUUGGGGAGGAAUGUUGAGGAGAAGGUGUUGUAUGGAGUAGAAAGUAACUCCUCUUUUCUUGAGUGCGUUUCUAAGUCCCAGCAGGCCCAAAUCCGCUGGUUCAUACUGAAGCCAGGAGCAGACCACCGUCAAGAGAUCAAACCAGACGAACGUGUGAUUGUUACGGAGCGGGGUUUGCAUCGUUGGCUCCAGCGCAGCGAUGCAGGUUCGUACUUCUGCACCUCCCAGGAACACAGCUUCACCCGUACGCUUCUCCAGGUCUCUCUUCACGUCCUGGACCGGGGGCACGUUCACGGACCCUCGGCCACUUUCCAUGGAUCGUCAGAAAACCCAGCCGAACCUCGGCAGCGUUAUAAGGACUACUUGAGCGUGUUGAGCGGCUCAGCCCGCUCUAUAGAUGAGUACUGUGAGACGCUCUGGCACAGAGAGAAGAAGCAAAAGCAAAAGGGCAAAUGGAAACACGCCCAGGAGUAUCGCAAAAGCAGGAAUAGGCGCCACCAGUAGGGAGGUAUCAUUGCUUAUCUAACACAGGAUGGUCAGUGUUUGAUUCGGUUGUGAGGUUAGAUGGGUCACACCGCCCAUGUGGAUACAAAUACAAAGAGACAUACUGUCCUCUGCCUGAACAGCCUGGGUAUAAAAUAUACAAAUUCCUAUAGCGAAAAUAUACAUUAACAGUUUACAAAUUAAGCUUUGGGCGAAUAAAGCACAUGUGACCGCAAGUCAACUUGACUGCUGUAUGAAAUGUGUCAGAAUCUAGAGGUUUAUCUAAGCUCCAAAAAUAUACACUACCGAUCAAAAGUUUAGGGUCACUUCAUCAAUACUUUUAACCUUUUAAAUAAAUUAUGUUAAUAUUUAAUUGUGUUACUAAAAUAUCAGAUCAGAAAAUAUCUAUCAUAAAUAGAGUGCCGCAGGGAUGACGUACUUUUGUAGCAAAAACCCGAGAGUUUUUGAAUGGGGUUUUGGUUAAACGCCUUAAAUAAGAUUUUAACACAAGACCAAUAUAUUUUCACCUUUUAUUUCACUACAUUAUUUUAUUUUGUGACAUUUUAUAAGCACACCACCACUCACGAUUUUUAAAGCUUUAACAAGUCUUUAAAAGGGUGGUCGCUAAUAGGUUGCUACAUGGGACUACAGACGUUGUCAGGGAUAAAGAUUUCAAAAACAAUGCAACAUGGGUACAAUUCCCAACAAACAUUCAUCCUCAGGGUAUUUCCUUAUCAGGAAACAUGUUUUUUAAAGCAACACUAAAGAGUUUUUGCUCUUUGCUCCCCCUACAGGUUAGAAGCGUAAUUGUCCAUUACCACUGUCGUAAAUACUGCAGCAUAGCUGGCUCUGAUUGGUCUGCCGUAAAGCAAGUUUUUGUAGUUUUCACUCGAACUACAGAAACUUCUUUAGUGCGGUUUUGGCCGCUAGAGGGCUGCAAAGCGAAUGUGAAUGUGCCGUUCACCCUGUUUCGAGUGGAUGAACGACUGAAACUUUUUUGGAAACGUUAUUUUAAGGUAAAAAAAAACUCUUUGGUGUUGCUUUAAUGUGUUUAAAGGAUUACUACACUUUUAUAAAAAAAAUCCCGAUAAUUUACUCACCCCAGUGUCAUUCAAUUAAAUUCAAUUCAAUUUUAUUUAUAUAGCGCUUUUCACAAUUUGGUAAUUGUAUCAAAGCAGCUUUACAUAAUAGAUGCAGUGAAAAGCA